AUGAAGCUUCAACCCCAGUUACCUCCUCCACGUCUCACCAGGCCAAAGAGAAUUGGUACAUUCCGCAUUUCCCAUGAGCAGAGCAUUCGGGCGUACUUCAAUGACAUGCGAUAUUUCAUGACUCUUAGCAUCCAUCCUCCUUCGAUUGGAUCUAUUAUAUGGAGCAUAUUCUGGCAGCCAGACAUCGAUUGCAAUCUAGUCAGUCCGUGGCUCGCAUCUGUCUUGGAUACGCUCGAGCCAGUAAUCAAGCAGAAACGAGUCGAAGUCUUAGUAAAGACCUUUCUUUCCCGCCGACCUCGGGUUGCUAUUUGGUGGAUGGCUCUUUUCUUGCUUGGCGACAUGGCUGUCCUUGACUGGAUACAACAAUAUGCAUUGAAAAUAGAAGAGAAAUAUGCCUUCGGAUCGCUAUCGCCACCGGACCCAAUGGUGUCUGCUUGGAUAGGAUCCAAACAGUCAUUCUUACAUUUCGAAAAGGAUUCUCUUUAUCCUGAACUGGAUGAUUUGGUGUCUAGAGCCGACCUGCUUCGCUGCCGAUUCGAUCUCAAGCUUCAGGAUUCGGCUGGCUUGAAUUUAUCAUGGCAGCCCCUUGGACACAUACAGAAGAAGCAAGUUGAACUUGAGCUUUGGCCACAACUCGAAACCAAGUAUAGCCGCAGUUAUCACUCAUUCGCGUGGUAUGUUAAUAAAAUGCAGACAAUCUCCGACAAGGGCUUUCGAGUUUGUACUAGGCGAAAUGUGCAGAACGUUCCCGACAACCUGGAAAUAGUCAUCUCAUCUAUCGAUUGCCCAGAGGACACCGGCCAAUCUAUCAGGGUCCGACCGUCGAAAGCUUCUACUCUCAGGAUGACGUCUUUCCUGGUAGAAGACACCGCAGGUUUUCGUGAUUGGGCAAAUGCCAAUCUGCAGGGAGAGCGUGAGAAACUGAGCUGGCUGUGCGACUGGGAAGGCGUCGAUAGCAUCGAUGGGGUAACGAUGGAGGGCGACGGGGAACCUGCUAAGCCUCCAUCGUGGUUUCUUGAGGAAUGGAUUGGGGAUAAAUAUUACUAG